AUGUUCAGCGCCGUUCUGAGAAGGCAGGCCCUUUCGGCCUCGAGAGUCACCAUCUCUCCUCAGUUGGCAAGAUGGUACGCCUCUUUCCCGCCGCAUACUGUUGUCAAGAUGCCCGCUCUGUCGCCAACCAUGACUUCGGGAAACAUUGGUACUUGGCAGAAGAAGGCCGGAGACGCCAUUGCGCCCGGUGAUGUCCUGGUUGAGAUUGAGACCGACAAGGCUCAGAUGGACUUUGAGUUCCAAGAGGAGGGUGUUAUCGCAAAGCUCCUGAAGGAGAGUGGCGAGAAGGAUGUGCCUGUUGGCAGCCCUAUCGCCGUUCUGAUCGAGGAGGGAGCUGAUGUUUCCGCAUUCGAGAAAUUCAGCGCCGCCGACGCCGGUGGUGACGCCGCCAAGCCUGCCCCGAAGGAGGAAAAGAAGUCGGAAUCGUCCGAGUCCUCGUCCGCCCCCACGCCCGCCCCUGAGGCCGAGCCCGAGCAAUACGGCUCUUCUGGCCAGAGACUGCAGACCGCCCUCGAGCGUGAGCCCAACGUGUCUAUUGCCGCUAAGAGACUUGCCAAGGAGAAGGGCGUUGCUCUUUCCGGCCUCAAGGGCUCUGGCCCCGGAGGCAAGAUCACCGAGGAGGAUGUCAAGAAGGCUGCCGGUUCUGCCCCGGCCGCCGCCGCCGCCGCCGCUUCAUACCAGGACAUUCCCCUGACGAACAUGCGCAAGACCAUUGCCAAGCGCCUGCAGGAGUCUACCCAGAACAACCCCCACUUCUUUGUUACCAGCAAGGUCUCCGUUAGCAAGCUCCUGAAGCUGCGUCAGGCCCUGAACAGCUCCGCCGAUGGCAAGUACAAGCUGUCGGUCAACGACUUCCUCAUCAAGGCUAUCGGUGUGGCCUCCAAGAAGGUCCCCGCUGCCAACUCUUCGUGGCAGGGUGACUCCAUCCGCCAGUACGACAACGUUGAUGUCUCCGUUGCCGUUGCCACCCCCAACGGUCUCAUCACCCCCAUCGUCACUGGUGUCGAGGGCCGCGGACUGGAGUCCAUCUCCAACAAGGUCAAGGAGCUGGCCAAGCGUGCCCGUGACGGCAAGCUCAAGCCCGAGGAGUACCAGGGUGGUACCAUCUCCAUCUCCAACAUGGGCAUGAACGACUCCGUCGACAACUUCACAGCUGUGAUCAACCCACCGCAAGCUGCUAUCCUUGCCGUCGGUACUACUAGAAAGGUUGCCAUUCCCUCCGAGGACGGCACUUCCAUUGAGUGGGAUGACCAAAUAACCGUUACUGCCAGCUUCGACCACAAGGUUGUUGAUGGUGCUGUUGGUGCUGAAUGGACAAAGGCUCUCAAGCAGGUGAUUGAGAACCCGCUGGAGCUGCUGCUGUAG